AUGGCCGUGGAUGAACCCGCAGAGAGCUCCGAGAGGAUGGAUGGUGAAAGCCCUGUGUACACUGUGGAUGAGGCACUUGCUUCAGUGGGGUUUGGGAAAUUCCAAAUACUGGUGCUUGUUUAUGCUGGUCUAGGUUGGUUUGCAGAAGCAGCGGAACUUAUGAUCCUCUCUUUUGUGGGACCAGCGGUUAAGUCCCAGUGGAAUCUCUCCUCAGACCAAGAGAGUCUGAUAUCAACUGUAGUCUUUGCUGGGAUGCUUGUUGGAGCAUUUUCUUUUGGCCUUGUUUCUGAUUACUACGGGAGGAGGAAGGGUUUGCUAGGAUUAAAUCUUCUGACUAGCGUAGCUGGAGUAUUAAGUACUUUCUCCCCAAAUUAUGCAUCUCUGGUAACCUUUCGUUUUUUCGUUGGCUUUGGCGUGGGUGGUGGAGAUGUAUUCGUCACCUGGUUCCUGGAGUUUGUUCCUGCUUCACAUAGAGGCAUAAGGAUGAUUCUCAUCUCUUUCUUCUGGACAUUUGGAACCAUUUUUGAGGCUGCGCUCGCAUGGAUUGUCAUGCCAAGAUUGGGUUGGAGAUGGCUACUUGGACUCUCCUCUGUACCAUCAAUCGCUAUGCUUUUCUUUUAUUCUCUAGUACCAGAGUCUCCGAGGUAUUUAUGCACGAAAGGUAGAAUAAUCGAUGCACGUAAUGUUCUUGAGAAGAUAGCUCGGUUGAACCAAUCAGAACUCCCUCCUGGAAUGCUUGUUUCUGAUAGUACAGUUGGACUGGAUGAAGAAUCUGCCACCUCAGAAUCUACCCCUCUACUCUCUACAACUAGAAAAGUGGAUUUCGAUUUUAGAUCAGGUUUCUCGUCAUUUGUUACUCUUUUCUCAUCAAAACUUGUUCGAACGACACUUCUUCUAUGGGAGUUAUACUUUGGAAAUGUAUUCUCAUAUUACGGUGUCGUGUUGCUGGCUUCAGAGUUAAGUAGUGCGCAAAGCAAAUGUGGCUCAAGUAAUGCCAUGUUUUCAAAAAUUCUUCAGGAUGACAGUCUCUACGUAAAUGUAUUUAUUACUAGUUUGGCAGAGAUUCCUGGGCUUCUGAUAUCAGCAAUUAUGGUAGAUAGAAUUGGCCGCAAGUUUACGGUAGCAUUUUUGUUUGUAUUGGCUUGUAUUUUCCUUUUACCUCUGGUUCACCGUCAGCCUGCAACUUUAACAACAGUGUUGUUGUUCGGCGCUCGCAUGAGUACCAAUGGAUCCUUCACGGUUUCUACAAUAUAUGCUCUGGAGCUUGUUCAUGUCUCUCCGCUCAACCCUUGUGGUUCCGGCCUUCCGGGGGCUGUUGCAUUAUAUCCAACGGCUUUGAGGGCAACUGGUGGUGGAGCUGCAAGUGCUGUAGGGAGAGUUGGUGGCAUGAUAUGCCCUCUUGUGGCAGUUGCACUGGUGACCAGUUGCCGGCUUACGGAAGCUAUCAUACUAUUUGAGGUUGUGAUGGCUAUUUCAGCAGUCUGUGUCCUGCUUGUACGCGUUGAAACCAAGGGAAAGGAGUUGAGUGACAGCAUAGAUCAUGCAGAUUCAGAACAAGCUGUUGAUAUGGGUGGUGAAGGCCCUGUAUACACUCUGGAUGAGGCAAUUGCUUCUGUGGGCUUAGGCAAAUUCCAACUACUGGUGCUUUCUUACACUGGUCUGCUUUGGUUUGCAGAAGCAAUGGAACUUAUGAUUCUGUCUUUUGUGGGACCAGCGGUUAAGUCCCAGUGGGAUCGAUAUCUCCCCAAGCCAAGAUAG